AUCUGCGGCGAACGGCGCGGCGCGGCGAAUAGCCGCCAGUGGCAGUGCACACAGUUGGCCCGCAAUAAGCGUAACGCAACUACGUGUUGCUUCUCCGCGAAGCGAUUUCCAGCGCUGCGAUCUCGCUCUUCCAGUUCCCUGUCGCCGUUGACCGCUUUUUCGUGACCCCCCGAUCACGACGUCGUGUGUCGAAAAGUCCCGCGACCAGCAAAAAUUUCAUCCAGGUUGGCGUGCAACUUUCGAUGGCUUCCUGACGUGCCAAGCCCUGGGAAGCACCGCAGAUUGCACUUCCUUUGUUUUCUCGUCCUUAACUCGCGUGUGAUAUGUGUGUUUUAUUAAAACUCGUGACAGGGGCAUUAGUGCGUUUUCAUUAGUAUCGCUUCCUCAAAAAAAAAAAAAAAAAAAAAAAAAAAAAAAAAAAAAAAUUGAAAAAAUUACUUUUUGAAAAAUAUUAUCGGGUUGAUUUUACAGUGUAAAAUUUACACUCAUUAUUUAUCGCAUUUGAUCUCUUUUUAGGAGAGGUAAAUUCAGUGGUCUCUCUUCUCUUUUUCUCGAUCGUCUCAAGGGGAGCAGGGCUGAAAAAGAUACUCAGCUUUGAUUAGUGAGUCUAUGCAUCUUGGACGAUAAAACAAAUGUAUCAAGAAGCGUUAUUUUUGUCCGACUUUUUUGGAACGUCAAUUGCUGCGCAAAGAUACAAAUUAAUUUGAAAAACUUUCUUUUAUUUUCAAAGCUGAAUUUCGUAACCGAACAUUAAUGAAUUGGUUUACUUGCUUGCCUCUGUGCGUAAAUUAUGUUGUUCCUAACCCUGCUCUUUAUUAUCAACAAAAAAUAAACAGAAUAAAAAUCGAAUGAAACUGUGUCGGCAAUAUCUCCUCGCGUUAGCAUGCUCAGUGUAAAAAGUUUAAAGCGUGGAAAAGAGUGUUUGCCUAAAGUGCGGAAUGUAUAGUAAAGGCCGGAAUCAAAAUAUAACAUGCACAAGUGAAAGUUUGAGUGUAAAAGAAUGUUCGUGUGAAAUUAACGGUCCUUAAAAUUAGCUCCAAAACAUAAUGUGGACGCACUGGUAAAUGUGUGAAGGAUCAAAACUGUCGAUGCAAUCGAGAAGCUUUUCAAAACUUCGAAGUCACUGGGAUAUUCUUGGAUAUUCUUGCAAAUGUUGAGCGAGGUGGGCCCAGAGGACGGGCUGGGGGUGGAGCCGGAGCAAGAGGAGAGCUCCCGGUUGGAGGAGGCCCCACACGCAGAGGAGGCCCUGGCCGCGGUGGAGAUCAUGCAGGAGCUGGGGGCCGAAACCCUCGAGGAGGCCAAGAAGACCAUUCGCGACCUCCGCGCUAAAUUCCGCGCCCAGUCCCACGAGCUUAUGGCAUGGCGGCGCAGGGUUAAACAGCAGGAAGAGCUGAUCGUGCGGAUGAACGUGGAGCGGACGGAGCGGCUGCGGAGCCUGGCGUCGCAGCUCCUGUUGUUCGAGUCGCGGCUCUGUCGGAAGCAGCGGAACAUCAGCCGACUCCUCCUGGAGAGGGAGACGCGGAUCCGGAAGCAGCAGCAGCUCAUCCACCGCCUCCAGGCCUGCCUCACCCAGGCCGGACUGGCCGCCUCCGAGGAGACCAACCUCGACUCCCUCAACGACUCCGACUCGGCCGUCAUCAUGGAGGACGACGACGCCUACCGCGUCGACGUCACCGUCGUCCGCAGCAUCUCCGACGCCCUCGAGUCGAAGAAGCAGUCGCAAAACCAGCGCCGCAACAACGCCCUUCUCCGCCGCCCCGAGGUUCUGGAGACGGUCUACUCGGUAGAGGAGGACGACCAGCAGCCCCCGGCGAAAGCGGAGGCGCCGAGCCCGGAGGACAGUCCCCCGCGGGCGCGGCUCAAAGAGCGCUCCAACAGCUUCGAGAUCCUCCAACCGACGACCCCAGCUCCACUCCCCGACGACUCCGGGCCCCUGACCCCGUCUCCGGGGACUCAGAGCGAGCCCUGCCACACGGCCUACAACAGGGUGAUGAGCAACCACAGGUCCGUCACCAAACCGAAAGACGUCAAGUACAAGCGCAUCAACAAGGCCAAGUCCAAGUCCUUGGAGGAGCUCCGCGGGAAGCUGAAAAAUUGGGUCGAUCGGGGCAACAAGAUAAACAUCUCAUUGGACCAAUCUUACGCGUAGUCAACGGAGACAAAAUAUUUUAGGCGCCUCGCACUUGGCCUCAAACUUCUGUAAAAAUAAGUGGGGUCCGCUCGUGAUCGGAUCAUAGAGUACAUAGAGUCGUAAUGUAAGUGGGAGAGCUGGCGCCACUUUUAAGCAUUUUCCAUGUCCCGAAUUCCGAGACUCCUGUGUGACGCCGGGUCACUUUUUCGAUACAUAAUCGAU